AUGAAGGACGAGCAGGUGGAGCACGUGUGCAAGUCGAUUUUUGCGGACGUGACAGCCUGUGCAGCGGCGCACGCGACGUGCCCGGUGGGCUCGCCUUUGAGGAUGCUGGACACGGGUUGCAAGGAGUUGCCGACGGGUACGGAGAAGGGUAUAGUGUACGCGGUGGAGUUUAACUGUUCACACGUGCGUGCUAGUCGUUGUCGUUUAGACGGGAACCGUCGUGUGUCAACCACGGAGCAUCGCGUGACAUUGUCUGAAGAAUGUAAGGACUUGUCGAAGGGGCUGUUGGAUAGCGAGUGCGGGGCAAUGAUGUUGUUCGACACGUUGGCAGAGGCGGUGAAGGUCUUGAUGGAGUCGUCUGGCGACUUGGGACAUAAGCACACGAUCCCGGUGGCGUUUGUGGUGCCAUUCGCGUGUGAGCAGAGUGGCCCCAAGUCGGCGCGUCUGCUGAACUGGACCAAGGGUUUCGAGACGGGACGUAAGACCAACGACCCGGUAGAGGGUCUGGACAUGGCGACGUUGUUGGACAUGGCCUUUUGGCGAAAGGAGAUGAACGCCAGGUGCGUUACAGUCUUGAACGACGGCACGGCAACGAUGCUGGCUGCGGAGUACGAGCGACAGUCGCGUCUGCCGCCGUGUGUGGUCUCCUACUUGGUUUCAGUGGGCGUGAACGGCUGCUUCAUCGACCCGAUGCACGAAGCACACAAAUAUGCCGGGUGCAUCGUGAACACGGAACUAGGAGACUACGACCGUUCUCUGCCGAUGACGGACGUGGAUCUGGAGGUGGAUUUCGCGGACCAAGGUGGUCACGGUCAGCAGAUGUUCGAGAAGAUGGUCGGCGGUGGUUACCUGGGUGAGGUUUGUCGGAGAUUGGUCGUGAAAGUUUACCAAUCUGACGCACCUACCCUCGCUUGGGCUAGACAGUCCUUCCCUACCGCUGCCGCCGCCAUGGUCGUGGCAGACGACUCUGCCGAUCUCAGCCGCGCACGCAGCCUAGUACAGGGCCUCUGGGACUGGACACCUAGCCAACAGGACCUCCUCAUUGUCAAAGACCUCUUUACUCUCGUCUUCGACCGCUCAGCCGCACUCAGCGCUGCUGCCAUUGGGGCCCUCGCCCGCGCCACAUCCAGACUACAACCCGCCAUGGGAGGGGUGACUGUCGCUCUGGAAGGCUCCCUCCACGGACCCCAUCCCUGGUAUACCGAACUCAUCCGCCAAAGACUUAAUGUUCUCCUCAAAGGAAACGCUGGCUUCGUACACCUGUACGUCACCCACGAUUCCAACGCCAAGGGCGCUGCCGUCCUGGCUGCUAUGCUGGACAAGUCCCUCGCCUAA